AGUCGUCUUCUAAACCAAGCUCAUUAGUCGCUCAGCAUUCGUCCGGGACACAUUUUCGUGGUUCCCACUCGUUACUCACACAGAACCAACUCGCGCGCACCAUCAGCUCACCCUUCCUUACCCUUAUCUCUUUUCUAUCUCACCCCAUCGCAUCCCCUUCGUGAACGAACAUUCUUCAGACGGGAACUAGCACUGAAAGCGAACCAUAAAAACCUACAAAGAAAAGCAAACCCAACGAAACAGAACAAUAAAUAAACUAACCGUGAAACAUUAGUUAUCAAGCAACGAUCCCGUGCGUUAGGGGAUGCAACUGAACUCGUCGGGCUGCGGUGCACGUGCCAGCUGACUCUCGAGGAGCGUCGAACUUGCCCACGCGCGACUGUCUCCCUCCCAGUCGUCGGGGAAUCCCCGUUCCAGACCUCUGCCCAGCAAGUUUCCUUGUGUACGAGGGGAAAGAGGAAUCCUCGCUUCCGUCCGGUUCGCGUAAACACUCUCCGGGGUGUCUCCGAGCCAAUGAUCGGGCGUCGGGUUGCGGGUAGCGUCGAUGUUCCCCGAGAAUAGUCCCGAACUGCUUGAACAUCGAACCGGAGCCAGCGGAUCGAAGAGCGAAAGGUGGUCCGAGAGGGUAAAGCAGCUAGGGGUCGUCGACACGGCGACGCUGGGAUAGAGGAUCGCUAGGCGACGCGACGAGAGCACACCGAGACAGCUCGGCCGAUGGUCGAAACCACUUCGAUCCAGCGGUUCACGAUCAAGUUCCCCAUGCUGCAGCCACCGUCUCCCCUCCUGGAGAUGGCAUCCCUGCGUCUACCGGACUCGGAGGAGUUCGACGUCGAUCCGCGGCGUAGGAGCAACAACGGCAACGUGCCGCCCACGACCGUCGCGGCUGUACCGCCGGUCACCGGCACCACUCUGCUGCAGAUGAGAAACGACUUCGGGAGCUAUCUCAACAGUCUGAUCGCGGAGGCUAUCACUACUAACCCGAGGAGCACCAUGGAGGAGCACGGGGGAUUGCUGAACGCUAGCAAAACGGUGAACCUGUCUAACGCUGAACAGAUUCCUGAUCGAUUGUACAGGCACAGCAUGGCUAUGUCCGCUGUUUACUGUGUCGCCUAUGUACUCGUAUUCGUCGUGGGACUCAUCGGGAACAGUUUCGUUAUCGCCGUCGUGUACCGGUCCCCUAGGAUGAGGACCGUCACGAAUUUCUUCAUCGUCAACCUGGCCGUCGCCGAUGUACUCGUCAUCGUGUUCUGCUUGCCUGCUACUCUGAUGAGCAACAUCUUUGUUCCAUGGUUCCUGGGAUGGUUCAUGUGCAAAGCUGUCGCUUAUAUACAGGGCGUUUCCGUGGCGGCCUCUGUUUACAGCCUUGUUGCGGUUUCCCUGGACAGGUGUCGGCAAUCACUCGGGACACGAAUUCGUGCUCAUUACCGGGAACACCGAGCACGAACGAUCACCGUAGCUCGCCUCAACAAUUUCGCUGUCAGUCCAUCCCAAAUAAAUUAGCUCACUUUUCAAGUGAAUAUUUUUAUCUGAAAUUUCGAGCUGGUUUUACUAUCCAGACAUACAUUUGCUGAAGUUUGUGAAAUUAAAGUUCGGGAAACUGAUCGGAUUAUAUUGUUGAAGGAUCGAUUAGAAGCUCAGAUACUAUAUUUUGAGAUGAUUCAAACGAUGUUAAUCACUUUGACACGAGGUCUGUUAUUAAUUUGAAUUUAUUCAUGGAUUAAUUAGUAUUCUUUUGUAUUGGAAUUGUUACUAAUGUUUUGAUAUCGUGCUGGAUUAAGUUGAAACUAUUUUUCAUUUGUUAAUAUUGAUUGAGUUAUUGAUGUAUUAGUGUCGAGGUAAGAGCGAGAUAAAGAAACCGUUUGGUUUGUUUAUUAAUGUAUAUUGAAGUGAUAUAAGAAUGAAGUUUCUCGUAAAAGGUAUCUUAU